AUGUAUGUUUCCGAGAAGCCGACAACUCAUCCUUCCACUGGUUUACUCUCAUCGAAACAUCAAAGACAAGGGAGUAUGGUGGGGUCAAAGAUUUUCUUCAUUGGUGGAUCUAAAGAACCUUCCACGGAUCUAUGGAUCCUUGAUACACUAUCUAGGAACAUCACUAAGGGACCAAGCAUGAGCGUACCUCAAGUAAAGCCCAAAGCAGCUAUGGGGGUAAUCGACGGGAAGGUAUACGUAAUCGAAAGCGGAGGUGUAGCCUUCUUCGACGGAAUCUUUCAUGAAGAGGAAGAGGAAAAGAUCCAAGUUGAAGUUUUUGAUCCAAAGUCGGAAACUUGGGAGCUUGCAGGGCAGGAGAACGUGCGCAAAACAUUUUUUACCUUACGGUGGGGCGCCUCAGUGGAGGGUAACGUUUAUAUGGUGGAGUUUGAAGAUACAAGUGUGUACAACCCAAGAGAAACUGAAGGAGAGCGGUUGCUUCAGAUGGUAAGCGUGAGACUCAAACAUGGAAGAAAGGAUAAGUUCAUUGAUACGGUGAAACGCGUGUGUGUGGUUGAGGAUGUUCUCUUUGCAUUCUUUAACGGGAGUGGGAUUAUGUGGUUUACUACAAAGCUCAAUGUGUGGAGAAGUUUGGUGGAUCGUGAUGGGAAGGAGUUGUUUUUCUAUUCUGUGAAUUCCAUGGUGGAAUACGAAGGAAGCUUUGUGGUUUUGUAUUCCGAUGUUAUUCCAAAUGGAUUUGAUGUCGCAGUUGCCAAGAAUGUUCUGUGUAUGUUUGUCUCAUUGGAUAGAGCGGGAGAAACGAUUUGUGGGAAGAUUGAUUGGUCUGGUAUUGUGGCUACAGUCCCAUAUUCGUUUUGUUUUCUGCAUUGUUUAUCUUUUUCCGAGUGA